GUCGGUUACCAUUUCUCCUCUCUCCUCCGUAUGGCUGAGCCGUUGCCACGGUGAUUGACGGCGGAUUUGGUGAGGGCACGCAAUGGAGGACGAAGACGUGAGAGACUACAAAGAACCCUGUCCCCAGUGUUCAGAGGUCAACUGGGGCCUUACAGAUGAAGGCACAUUUUACUGUAGAUCCUGCCACACUCUUAUUGAGCGGACUAGGGAAGUUAUAAGUGGAGAUGUUACUUCAAAUGCCAGAGGACAGUCUAUCUCUAGAGGAUUAAGAAAGAAAACCCAAUUUGAGAAAGGCUGGGAAUGGUACAUCUGUGAAGGAUUUCAGUACAUACUCCAGAAGCAAGCUGAAGCACUGCAGUCUUUAGGCGUUUCUUCACAGAUAAAAGAUGAAGUUCUGUGGAAUUUAUGGAAAAAAUAUCUUCAGAAGAGCAGGCAGCCAUAUUGCGACAAAUUGCCCAGUGAUGCUACCAGUGAUGCCUUACCUCAGGCAUCCGACUCUGGAAAUGAAGUGAACACAGAACUGGAUAUUGUUAGACUUCUUGGCUUGUCUGGAAGUGAUACAGACCUAGUAUCUGAAUCUAGCAUUGGAGAGACUUCUUUUGCAUCAGGAAUGUCUGACUGGUCUGGAUCAGUAGAUGGGAGCUUGUAUUUACAGAACAAGAAGAAAGGGAAAGUGAGCAUGUCAAUGCCAAUGACCCUGGCCUUCUGCUAUAUGGCAUUGCUAUGGUUGAGGGAAUCCAUUACAUUAUCAGAUCUUUUAAGGCUGGUAAUGGAUGGUCACAUUCCAUACAUGAAUGCUUAUACAGAUUUCCCAGAGGAGAUGAAGGUGUAUGUGACUGAGUUCAAGAUCUUCCAUGUAGAGUCGUGGCCUGUUUAUGAAGAUGUUCAUAAAAAAAUGCAGUUCCUUGCAACAUACUUGGAGCUACCCCGUUUUCCAGAUAUAACAGAUGGCAGUUUCUUUCAUCCAAACAUUCUCUGUAUGAAAUAUUUAAUGGAAGCCAACUUGCCUGAUGACAUGCACAAUUGGACUUGUAGAGUGGUCAAAGAAAUUGGUAUUGGGGAAGUGGACUUUCUGACACUUCAGCCUGGGAAUAAAACUGUCCGGAAAGUGAAAUAUGACAUUAUCGCAGUAGCUGUUGUCAUAGUGGUGCUGAAAAUUCUUUUUGUGCUGAAUGAUGAAUAUGAAUGGCAACUUUCGAACCACGCUGAAGAGAGAAACAAAAAAAGAAAAGAAGGCUGUCCAGUUUUCGAUAUCAAAAGAUGGUACAAGGUUGUAAAGAAGGCUAUGGAUGUGGAGCAAAAGAAACUGGAGGAAGAAAGAGUCAGGUAUUUAUGGAGAUCCAAACAGCCGUUCUUCUACAUACCCAGAAAAAAGUGUGUCGCUCUGAAGAAAAGGCAAAUGGUAACAGUCCUUCAAAGACAGUUUCGCUCACUGUCUGACACUGUGGAGUUUACUGAGAAGAAAAAGCCUUCAAGUUUCCAUCUUCACUGGACAGAAGACGACCCAGAAAGGCCUUGUUUUCAUGGGCAUUGUCUGGAUGGAAUUUUGCAACAAGAGGGCCACAUCCUUAACAUUCAUGGCACAGAUUAUUGGUUGUGUACAACGAAACUGUGCAAGGAGAAGGAAUGCGGUCACCUGGCACACUAUAAAGAGUCAGACUUUCCUCAUACCUACCGGUUUGUGUUAAGCCUGUUCUCUUUCAUCCUAAGGGUCCAGCCCUCUCUCAUCCAUGAAGAAGUGUGUGUUGUAGAACACAGAUUCUUCAGAGGUCUAGAAUCCCCCAGGAUAAAAAAGCGGAAAAAAAAAAAACAUUGGCCAAAACAACAAUGUGAAGACCUCCAUGAGUGAUACAGCUCAUGUAGUUGAUUUGGUGAACACCACUGAAAGCAGAGGAUUGGACUGAGAUGUUCUCUUUGCAGCUAUUUUGUACAUGUAAUUUAUAUAUAUAAGAAAACUGCAUAAGGGGAGAGAUCUUGAUACUAUGUUUUAUCAAAGUUUCUUUUUUAUAUAAUAUAAAUAACUUUGUAAUGUUUUGAUAUAUCUGUAUGCAUUCUGAUCCUUUUUUCAUUUUAAAGGUAGCCUUGUUUUCCACUGUAAAAAUGAAUCCUUAAUAUAUUGGAAUUAAAAAUUCUUGCAUACGUCUUCA